CUGCUGGAAUGACGGAUAAAAUUGUUGGUUAAAGUUUCGCUAGUGCAAGAUCACUUUUCAAAUAAAAUAAUAACCGUGUUCAAUGUACACAAAUUUGUGUGUGUAGAUAGCAGAUACAAAGAUUUAUGAAACAAAAUCCGAUGACGUAUAGAUAAUAACUCGAGUGCUCCAUGUUGACAGCACCCGAGAAACGCGGAUUUAAUCGCAAACGUCAUUGACAGGUGGUGCAGGAAUGUCGCAUAAGCAAAACAGAUAGAAUUUUUAUUCGUUCGAUAUUGUUGUGUUGUGAUUUUAAUAAAAAAAAAAAAAAAAAGAAGAGUGAAUCGUGAUUGAUUUGGUUGUAAUGAGUGAUUCAGAUCAGCAACAAUUAUAUGUGCCUUACAGAGAAUAUCAAAGUCAGAAUAACAUCAUUCCCACAGGCAAUCUCGUGGAGACUGAUGCACUUGUCGAUCUUUCAUUAACUCCUACAAAUAAUUUGCCUCAAGACGAAGAAUUUCCUGAACUACUACCGGACGUCGCCUUUAUUCCAAAUCUGAAUUGCGAUCAAACAAUAGCCAUUGAUUCUCCUGGAAUUGACCGGGAGAGUCAACCUCUCCUAGGUCGUCUCGAUGUCGAUGUCUCCUACAACCGCUUUCCUGACGAUCCAUCGUUUACCGAUCUGGUGUGUGAGGCCGAAACAGCAAUAAACAAUGGAAUUUAUCCUGAAAGAAUUUAUCAAGGCUCCAGCGGAAGUUAUUUCGUCAAGAAUCCUCAGGGGAAAACAAUAGGAGUAUUUAAACCAAAAGACGAGGAACCAUACGGAAGACUGAACCCAAAAUGGACAAAGUGGAUGCACAAACUCUGCUGUCCAUGUUGUUUUGGAAGAAGUUGUUUAAUUCCAAAUCAGGGAUAUUUAAGUGAGGCUGGCGCAAGUUUAGUGGAUCGAAAACUUGGACUUGGAGUUGUACCUAAUACGAGAGUGGUGAAAUUAGUUAGCAAAACGUUUAAUUAUCCAAGAUUUGAUAGACAAAAGGUGAGAAUGAAACAGGCAAUUAUGGAACAAUUUCCAGCGGUUGGCUCACAUUUCAAUCGCAUUGGACUACCACCAAAAGUUGGAUCAUUUCAAUUAUUCGUUGACGGUUAUAAAGAUGCGGAUUAUUGGUUAAGACGCUGGGAAAAUGAACCACUUCCUCCACAUCUCGCGCGAAAAUUUCAACUUCAAUUCGAACGAUUAGUCAUUUUGGAUUAUAUCAUUAGAAAUACCGAUCGAGGUAAUGAUAAUUGGUUAAUUAAAUACGAACCUCCAGCAAAAAAUAGUCCGGAAAGUGGAGACGUAAAAAUUGCAGCAAUCGACAAUGGUCUCGCAUUUCCUUUCAAGCAUCCGGACUCGUGGCGUGCAUAUCCUUAUCAUUGGGCAUGGCUUAGUCAAGCUAAACAACCAUUUAGCGAAAGGACCCGAGAAUUGGUUUCGGUUCAGCUCUCCGAUCAAAAUUUUGUACAAAAUCUUUGUAAUGACUUACAUCAAUUAUUUAAGCAAGAUAAAGGCUUUGAUCGACAUAAUUUCGAUAGGCAAAUGAGUGUGAUGCGGGGUCAAAUAUUGAAUUUACAACAGGCUUUAAAAGACGCCAAAAGUCCUGUACAACUUGUACAAAUGCCAGCUGUAAUUGUCGAAAAGUUCUCUAAAGGAAAUGGAGCGCAAAAAUUAUUCUCCUUCUCAGGCGCAUUCACGCAACGCUUCCAAAGCAAAAGUCCUUUCUUUUCAUGGUGUUGAAACAUUUUUAAUCAUUAAAAUCAAGAAGAUUACGAGAUGUUUUUAUCAAAUAUAUAUAUAUAUAAUAUACAAAAAAAAAAUGCAACUUUCUACAUCGAUGACUACCUAAUUUUUUUCUCUCUUUCUCUUUUAAGAUCCAUUGACCAUGGAACGUUACUUUUUAAUUAGUCCUAAUAUGUAGGAUUAGUUGUUAAUUAAUCUAUACAUGAUCAUUUUAAUUGGGAUACAAAUAUUAUUCAUAUGCUUAUUAUACAUUGUAUAGAAUAAAAUAUAUUCAUAUGUUGAAGUCAGUUUUCCCUUGUCAAGCACGUUUCAAAAAAAAAAGCCAGGGAUUUAUUUAUUGACAAGGCAAAUCGCAAACGUAUAUAUGUACAGAUUUUAUCUUAGGCUGUCGAACCAAAGCUAAAACUUUGAAUCGAUUAAUUAACUUUUAUAGCGUUUGUGCCAAGAAAAAUGUAUUAUUGAAAAAAAAACAACAAAAUAUCAUUGUACAUUAUCUCCGUGUAUUUCUCUGGGUCCGAAUUAUUGUCUCCAAUAAUAAUUAAAUGCGCCUCAUUGUCAAAUAAUUGCGUCGAGAUAAUAAUUAUAUUAAAAGAAGACAAAUAACUGAGCAAAAAUUGCAAUUAAAUGAAUUAAUUGUAUGCAUGAAAAGAAAAAAAUUUAGCGAUAAAAAUAUUCAGUGAUUAAAAAAAAAAAAAUUGUAUGAUGAAAUAAUUGAUGAAAAUUGUAAGAAAAUAAUCGACUGAAGAAAAAAAAAGGGAAAUGAAAAAAUUAAUUAAUUUUUAAAUUAGAGAGAAUUGGAAUUACAAAAUGGAAGAAAAUUUUAUGACCGCUUACGGAUAAUAUUGAUAAGUCAAUAUUUCCUGCCAGUUAUUAGUAAAAGAAAAACUGUUAAAAAAAAAAUAUUUACGAAAUUUCCAUGAAAAUAAAACCCUUACGUUUGUAA